AUGGACGAGCAAUAUGAUGGAAGGUCUCUACUCGGCGUCGCUUGCUCAAUCACUCCUCUUACGGCUGCCGAAGUAUUAUAUCAGUUUAAACUGCUGAUUUUCCUUAUUGAGAUGGGCUUUGGAGUAGAUGAUCUCGGCGCUGAUGUACAGAAUCAUCCGUUAGCCAUCUUACUCGCGCGCGGUCGCGGGGAGAGAAUGGGUGAGAUGGUCAACUUUUUUUCCAACGGCCACGAAUCCUGCGGUCGUGUUGCCCAAAAGCUUUCAAUGCCGGAGAGCGUUAAGCUCCUGUCGGUUCGCCAUACAGAAGGCUGUCCGAUUCACACCAUCCAGAGCGCCCUUGAUUCUACACCUCAGUCGAACGCAUUAGCGGACUCAGAAUCUACUCCCAGCAAACAUCCCACCGGGAACGUGCUCAGCGUGGGUCAGGAAACUCUUGAAACCCCGCUCCAGUCAGGGAGGCACGUGGGAGCCCAGGAACUUCAUGCAGUGAUCCAGAAGCGUCUCCAAGAAUUCGCGAUAUAUGACCAGGACGGGCCCAAACCAGGACGUAGGGCGAAACUGAACCGUCCGUUCAAGGUACCUGACAAUCUCAAAGGCGCAUUAUGUUACACCGCAGCAGGUGAUCCGGCGAGACUUGGGCGUAUUCUAGACGCCUGGCCUGAUCUGCAAAGAAAACCGGCCUUGAUGCUCCUUGUCAUGGCUCAGGCCGCACGGCUCGACUCCGUCGAAUCGGUUAUAUCGUUACUCAGGCUGGGUAUUCCUAUAACAUCCUCGAUAAUCUCUAUAUCCAGUGGAAGCCGUAUGAGUAACUUCCUCAUCGAGGAGCUUGUUAAGCGACGGCAGUACCUACGUGACCUCGCCUUUGAGGUCCUACCACCCGAGGACGUCAAGCAGCUCGGAUUAUCGCCCUGGACGCUACCAGACAUCAGCCUGUUGCCAUUGUGCAGUCUAUUCCGUCAACACGGGCUCGAGGUUGGUUCGUAUCGUCACGGAGUCACACAUGUGCAGUCAGUGUUUCAUGCACCCGCACUAAGCCCUCGUCAUAUGGAGGGGUUAUGGGGAGCUGGAUUCCGCGAGAUUGACGUCCCGGAUCAGUUUGGCCACACUCCGCUGGUGGCCUGGAAUGUCGGAUCCCCUCUUCAAGCGUCACUAAGUCGGGCCGAAUGGUUGAUUGAUCAUGGUGCGGAUGUCCAAAAGGUCAUCUCAAGUAAUUCAACCUCCGUGUGUCAUCAUAUCUGCCUCAAUCUCAUGCACAAAUUUACCGCAAUGUGCUAUGAGAAACGGCGACUCAGCAAGCUCCUUGACGAAGCUCUUGAUGAGGUAUACAAAUCUAUUCAUGAUCUUCAUGAUUCAAGCCGCUUGCUGGUGGGAUCCUCUUUUAGGUCCCCGGUAACAGACCAUUGCAUCUGUCAUUGCUCUACUGGUGGCUGCACUCCACUCGCCGUAGCUCUACGCCACGUACGUGGGACCAUCGAGCUCCUGUCUACCAGGGAAGACAUAAGGGAGGAAUCCUACAAGCAUGACCUGGUGAAAGGCGUCUACGAGAUUAUACUGUUGAACGCCAUAAAUCAUGGGGGAUCUCCAGCACAGGUUGUGCGGUCCGUGCUUAGGCUGAUCACAUUUGACGCUCUCGGAUUAACUCAUACCUGUUGUCGCGAGGACUCGGCCUUGAAUUUGCAGCCAUUCAGUAGAGUGGACGCGCAUGAAAUCCACGAUGAGGAGCGCUUGCUUUCGGACAAUCUUGAGGUCCUCCUGAAUGCCUAUGAGAGGCAAUACAAAACACUGGGGAUUCCGCUGUGGAAUUUCAUAGAGUCGCAUUGGAGUGUGCAAAUGACAAAGCAUCUUCAAUCCAAAGGGGAAGCAAUUGAUCCGGGCUCGCUGUGUGUGAUUCUGGCUUUGGGAGUGUGCAAUGAGGCGACACCCGUUCCUCAUAUCAAUCCUGUCGCUCCUGAGAUUGCAGGCGAGCUCGGUCAAGGUACCAUGGCGCUGAUAGGAGCCGAAUUGAUCGCGAAAGCAUCAUUGGAGCUGCUGGGCCACGUCAACGACCUCGCCGCAACCAAAGAAUUUGAACUGGUGACAGAGUUCCUGAUAUAUCUUGCCGCAUCAUUGACGAGUCAUCCCUACGCUGAAAGUUCAAUCCAAGGAUUAAUCGUCGGGGAUCCGAAUGAACUAUACGUCGAUUGGAUAUAUAGCCCUCGAGGGCGGUCUUUGGGCAUUGUAGGGCCAGCUAUUCUCAGGUCAUCUGCCGCUGUUGGCCUUUUUCUAGUACGAACAUUUCUUGAGACGCUCCUGGAGCGUUUGUCUCGACCACACGCCCCCCGUGGCUACGGACGGUUGACAUGGACAUGUCAACAUUGCCAACGUACAUUCACUGAGACUGUUAGAGAGAUGUUUCCCGGUGCAGCGACUGACUGGGUUCACCAGCUAAACCAAGCUCAAAUAAGCAAUAGCGGUUCAACAUCUGUGGUCACACCAAAACCGACACUAGUUGCUCAAUUUUCCCAGGCGAUAACUGUCCUGUUUCGUAAAGUGCUUAGAGCGGGUGGGAAAUCCCACAAUAUAACAACGCCACAUGCCCUUCCACAGUCUGGCAACACCGCUCAGCCAAGGGCUGCCGACGCAAAAUACCUACUCCUUGCGAUACCGUCAUAUAGAAGGAAAGACCGACUCGUCCACUUGGACAUCCAAAAUACUACAACAGACAAGCAAUUGUACCAAAGCAUCCGACAAGUCUAUAAUGCCGCUCGGAGACGCUGGAAAUGGAUACGACUGCGCAGCCUUUCACACAUAGAAUGGAAACAGUUCUACAUCUACCACAGCGACAAGAUAGCACUCAAUCGCAAGGCCGAGGAGGACUGGCCUCAAUGUGGCCGCGCGUCAUGCGAAACAGGCUGCAAACUCGCUGUCGAUUACGAAUACUCCCCUCGCCCCGCACAUGUCGACCCUCCAAUUCCCCGACAAGCCUUGAUGCACUUUCUCGAAAAUCCGGACCAUGCGGGGUCAAAGCUGUUUCACCGCGAUACUGUCCCGAAACGGGACAACUUCCUCUCGUUGGGGCCCAAUGACCACCUACGCGAGGGAUGGUGCCUUGCCUUUAUUGAGACCCUAUCAUGGGCCAGGAUUGCAGCGAUAGAAGGCAUCAUUGGAGUCGGAUCCCUCAUAUUCGCUAUAGGCUGGACUAAGACGCACGGGAGCGGGAGUAUAUCAGAUGCCUUCGCGCCGAGCUGUUGGAUGCUCGCCCUUGGGGCCAUUAUUCUCACCUUGGUGUACCAUCACGAGCAAUGA